AUGUGCGAUGUCCUCGGGCCGCCCUCCUUCGUGUGCCCUUUCCAGCGAUACCAUGUGUACAGGAGCAGGAAUGCCGUUUUCGUUUUCGGUAUUGACAAGGUUCGAAAGGAGUACAGCUGCUUGGAGAUCCCAAAGCAGGAGGCGCGUGAAGAUUCCCACCCGACACUGGAGCUUCGAGGAGGAGAAGAGCGCCAUGAACUUGCAGGUCUGGAUGCGCGGCUUCGAGAUAUGAGGCGCGAGCACGGACUGGAAGAGGUCGCCUUAAAGGCAUCUGGGCUGGUUGGAUUUAUCAGGUUUCUUUGCGGGCACUACCUCAUACUGAUCAAGACGCACAAGAAGGAGAGUCAUCAUCACGUCCUUUCGAUUGAGUCGACAGCCUUAGUGCCACUCUUCGGAGACGCGAACAAAAGGGAGGAGAAGAACUUCAAGGACCAGCUGAACAACCUCAACCUCUCCAAGGAGUGGGGCUGCACUUCCGCUUGGCUUGUGCUGUGGUAUCACCUUGAGUGCUGCGCCAGCUUAGCAUCCAGUAGACGGAAGAGCCACAUGGUACGGACCAGUUAG